UCGAAGCACCUGUGCACCUUGGUUGAUCUAUAAAGGCCUCUAAUGUGACUGACGAAGGUAGUCUGGUUUUCGCACCACACUUCAGCUGUUGUAACAUAGCAUGUCCAACUCACCCGGCACACCUAUGUCUGCAUCACCGCCCUUCGACCACGUGAAGGCAGAUGCGAUCUUGCGCUCAUCUGACGGCGUUGACUUCCGCGUCUUCAAACUUUUCCUUGCCCUUGCAUCACCGGCCUUCGAGUCCCUCUUCAACCAUUUCCAACCGUCUGGGGAAACCAGCAUCGCCGCAGAGAUCAGCGACGGACUCCCAGUCAUCUGCGUCUCAGAAGACAGUAGGACGCUAGACUUACUCCUCCGUUUCUGCUAUCCUUGUACUCUAGCAGAGGACCCUUCUCUCAAGGAUUUCGGGGAGGUCAUUAGUGUUCUCGAGGCGGCCAAAAGGUAUUCUCUUGAUGCGAUAAACCGGACCGUGCGCAAAUCGCUGUUCAGCCCAAAAAUAUUAGAGGUGAAUUCAUUGGAUUGCUUCGCAAUCUCCUGUCACUAUCGCAUGCCAGAGGAGUGUAUUCUUGCUGCUAAAUACACCCUCAGGGAACCUCUGGUUCCGGGAUGGUUCGAGGAGAUCAGGCUGGUCACUUCAACCGAACUUCUUUCGUUACUAUCGUACCAUCAAAAAUGUGGCAAGGUCGUUCAAACGCUCAAGCGUAAUCUGUCCUGGAUCACGGUAGAAUAUUGCCAGUCGAGCGCGGUCCCAUGGAUGGUUGCUAUGGCUCCCAGUGGCUACUCUUGCGGAUGUCCCCAGUCAACGUCCGGGAAAAAGCUAUUUGAAGAGCCAAUUGCUCGAUGGUGGGAGGACUACAUGAAUUCUACUUUUUUGGAUCUGCAGAACAAGCCUUGUGCUGAAACGAUCCGGUCAAACACUGAGAAGGCAAUAAAAGCUGUCUUGCAACGCAACUGCCCGUAUUGUUGCCCCGUGGCACCGGGAGGCAUGCGAGAGUUCGCUAUUCUCUUGACAAAGAAAGUCGAAGAUAUAAUCUCAAAGGUGGCGCUUGAUCUAGCGUUUCUGAGAGACAGACGGUUGCCGCUGGGUGUGGCUGGUGCUUUAGGAGGUGGUAGUGGCAGAGGUGGUGGUGGAGGUGAUAGCGGUGGAGGUAGUAGUGGCGGAGGUAGCGGUGGUGGUGGUGGUGGUGAUGUACGUUUUAGAGGUAGAGAUGGAGGGAAAAAGAUAAAGAAAAAAAGGUAGCUGAUAGCUGAUCGCCUUGUUCUUGUCAUUUAUCUUACAGUACCACAACCCC